CGCAGUGCGGACUUCUGUGCCGGUGCGUUGCGCACACCUGAGCGUUCACUCCCGUAAAAAGAAAAGAAACAAGCGCGUCGGCAGUAUUUCGGCGUGCAUCGAGCGCCUUGCCUCGGAGAGCUUCGUCCGCCUCGGCGCGGCGCCGCUAGAGCUCCUCGCCCGCCGCUCUCCAUGCUGCGUGCGUCGGCGCGACCUUGACGGCUUCGCCCCCGAAUCGGAGAGACAGCGACGAGGCACCUGGCAUAGUGUGUGCGCUUGAUCGCCGACGUCGCGAAAAGUCAACGAUAUAUUAUGGUGGCUACUGUGGCUCCCGCAGACAAAACUAUGGUGCUGCAGCGGCUGAUCUCUGUGCGUCGUCGUGAGCGGCUCGACGGAUAGACAUCCCGGAAAAGAAACAUUGUCUCGCGGAUCUGCGACGGAGUUUCGACAACUAUGUCUUCGUCGGGACCGACCCGUCAGAGGUCGUUCCGAGACCGGUUGCACGGCAUCGGUCUCUCCUGGCACAACAAGACCCAGUCUGUGGACUGCAGCCACGGCUACGUGAAUCCCUUGGAGCUUGUGCUGGACACGAGCAAGAAGGAGGACGCCGGGGGCCGGUCCUCCGGGGGUCCGCUCGAGCCGCUCCUGGGACCGCUGGCCGCGGCUGCAGCGACGCACCACCACCAUUCUGCUUCCUUCCAUGGGGGUCCUUCUUCGGUGGCUGGUCGCCGGACGGCAGCUACGUCACCCGGUGGUCCCGGUCGCGCGAUGCCUCCGCUGCCGCCGGCGCCUCAGUCUGCGCCGCCCACCACCACGGCGGCAUCGUCCGACGCCGGCAGGAAGCAGCUGAGCAGGACGCCCACCCAGCCGCCGUCGGGCGCCAUCGAAUACGUGGUCAAGGCUUCUGACACGUUGGCUGGCAUUGCUGCAAGGUUUGAGUGCACACCAGGAGAGCUGACAAAGAUGAAUCGUCUGACGAGCAGACUGAUAUUUCCUGGUCAGACAUUGUACAUUCCGAUUAAAGAACAAGAAUCUCAAGCUGCAGAUGUGGCUGACUUGCCCGAGCAUGGUAGAUUGGAGGAUGCCAAGGCCUCGGUGGCCCAUCUUGGCACCGGGGCUGGACCACCUUUGCCUGGUGAGCGACCUGGUUCUCCAAAAGCUGCGGCGUCACCACCGGACUCUCCUGUUGCCUUCAUCGAACAGCACCGACACGGUGGCACGUCCACUGAGCACAUCGAAUCAGCUGAACCAGAGAACAAGGAGAACAUGGACAUGUUCCUGAAGAUUUCAUCUCGGCACAUAACGGACGGUCAGGGGGUGGUCUCGGGAACGCUUCUGGUGACCCCCAACAAUGUGAUGUUCAUACCCAACGUUUCUGAUGCGCUCGUCAUGGAGCAUGGGUCGGAAUGGUACGAAGUCACUGCCCCCAUGGACAUGGUAGUGGCCGCAGCCCUCUACAACGACAUCACACACAUGCGCCUUCGUGACACGGUGGACCCUGCUUCAGGUGUUCAGCUGGAGGAACCAUACCGGCCUGCAGACUACCAGCCACCCGCCAAAGACCAGGACAGUCAGAGCUCGUUGGAGCCAGCCAAGUCUUUGCAAGAAUGUGGUGCAGAAGUAUCGCCAGUUCCUUCAAUGCAAGAUGCAAGUGAAAAGCCUUGCUCUGAGUUGUCCCACAGUGCGGUAGCCCUAGAAUCUGCACCUGAUCAAGUAGCCAGCACCGAGGGUAAAGUAAUCAUCACUUCACCGCCCAAGACCCCAGAGGAAGGCACGCCCUCUAUUGGCCAUGCCAACAAUAAAAUUCCAGAGCCAGAAGCUGAGACUGAGAACAAAGUUGCUGCAUCGGUGCUGUCAGAUGUGUCUAUUUCAGAGUGUAAGCCUUCAAAAGAUGUGCAAGAUAUGGCGAGCCCAAACGCUGUCAUGAAGUCAAACAAUUUGGAACAAAUUCAAGAACAGGUCGUGAACCAAAAUGUACAUUUGGGAAGUGACAUGCAGAAGCCAGAGUCUACUGAACAGAGUAAAGCACAAUUCGAAAGCAAAGAGAAACACACAUCGGAAAAGCCAGUUCAUUGUGAGGCUCAAAAGGAAAUCUGUACUGUACAAGCCAAAGAAAAUUCUGGUUUGGAAGCGAUGAGCACCUUACCUGGUGAAGCACAAUCCGGUGUUGGAAGAGCUGCAUCAAAACAACUCUCUGCAGACGCGCCAGCUUCAGAGGCCCAUGAUGAAACUGGAAAGGAGUUGGAAAAAGUCUGCAAGCAGCUAGAAGCUGCUGCUGGGGAAGGGGGCAUCAGGGAGCCUAACAAUGUGGUGCCUCGUGGUACUCGGCUUGAAGUCGGACUGUCUUCUGCAACUGCCCAGGUGGUGAAAGACGAUUGGGCUGGCGACAAGUCUGUGACCAAGGACAUUGCAGCUGUGACGAACACUCAGGAUAAGCUGCCGACAGAUGUAGCAACACCACAAAAUAAGAUUCUAGGUAUGGAAGAGAGUGCGGCAGCCCGAAAGAAAGAGAGGCAGACUGCUGAGCAGUACUUGUUCAAGCCCAUCGACAAGGCGUCAGAGUCUCCGCCAACACUGCGUAGGGAGCCAGAAAACGGAGGUCGCCGGGAAAAAGCAUUCACACCACCACCACCGUCAAGCGCGAAGAGCUUACCUGAGCCAGGACGCUGGGCUCGCAUGCUGAGUCCAACGCUGAAGCUAGACUCGGCAAGUGACGUGCCAGCACCAGAGCCACGCAGCGCUGCCUCGACUGAGAGCAUCACUCUACGCAUGAGGGAGUGGGCUUCUGCGGAAGGCGGCAUUUCUUCUGAUAGGUCCCAGGAGUCUGCACACGAGCGGGUACUCAAGCGACUCUCGAACCCAAUGGAGUCAAUCUCAUCAUACACACACUCCAUCUCCAAGAUGAUUGUAUCAUCGCCCAAAUCGCUGGCCGACUUUGUGCGCGGUGCUGAUGAUCCAGUUCCCUCAACACCUCCACCGCAGUUGCCAAUGCAGCAGCCAACAGCGGAUGAAAAGAGGCCUUCUUCGCGAGCUGAGAAUGCCAAUGUCUGGCUCAAGAACAUGGUUGAGGAAAAGCCCGAGCUGUUUGCAGCGUUUGAGAAACUGGGAUUCUUUUUUGACGACAACGAGCUGGUUCCUCGGCCAGCACAGUCAUCAGAAGCCACACUGCUAUACUUGUGCCUACGGAUGGGAAGGCCCUUGCACAAGAAAGUCCAGUGCUCUGCCACCGCCUCCUCCAAGCGGCGCAUACGCCCCCAGUACUGGUUUGGCAUCCCACGAAACAGAGCGGACGAGCUGUACCACUUCCUUGAAAAGUGGGCGCCUUCGGUGUACGGUGACGUGCAUCGGGUCGACAUGGCCAGUCGUGGAUUCGAGCUGUUGCCCGAGCCUUCGGAGGAGGAGGAGCUCGAGAUGCUCACUGCCCUCGGCCUUAUUGCGGGGACGACCAGCAGCGGUGAAGAAGGACGCGACACUCCUGACAUGAGCGGCAGCAAUAAGGGUCACCAUGGCUCUAAAAAGGGCCACGGUGGCGCUCUGCGCUUCUUCAAGCUUUUUGACAGUGGCACGACACAGCUUGAAGCUGCUGCAGUCUCCCCCGGUGACUGGGAGGUGGUGUCGAUGAGUGAAACAGAAGCACGCCGGCAGUCUUCAAUAGACCUGACUGACCUUCCUUUGCCCGAGUUGCUCGAUUCCACGGAAAUAUUUACCGAGGAGCACCGUCGGGAGUUGUGCAAGCAUCUUCCAGCACGUGCGGAGAGUUACUCCUGGGCGCUCGUGUACAGUACGCUGAAACAUGGCUUCAGCCUCAAGACUCUUUACCGUGAGAUGCUCAAGAUUGAAUCUCCGAUUCUGCUUGCGGUGUUGGACACUGAAGGCGCUGUUUUCGGUGUUCUGACAUCGUGUUCCCUGAGGAUGAGCGACUACUUCUAUGGCACUGGAGAAUCAUUUCUGUUUACCUUCCACCCAGAGUUCAAGUUGUACAAGUGGACUGGUGAAAAUGGCUACUUCAUCAAGGGCAAUGCUGAUUCCCUGGCUUUCGGUGCUGGAGAUGGCCAGUUUGGGCUGUGGCUGGACGGCGACCUGUUCCACGGGCGCAGUCGUCGGUGCAAGACUUACGAGAAUGACGUGCUCUCUACAAAGGAAGACUUUGUAGUUAAAGCGAUCGAGGCUUGGGGCUUUGUCUGAACCACAGGUCGGCAACAAGGUGCAUGCCACCGGAGCAUGCGGAUGGCACGCUGUCACCUCUCUUUUGACAUCAUUGAGAGGAACUGGACAAGAACAGCAGAACAAGUGGCCUCCACCCCCAUUUGGCGUCUUCUCAGCUUCUGCCCUGCGCGGCUGGCAUUUUGACACGGAUGGCUUUUCUCUGGGCCGUGCGGACCAAACCGCCAAGUUCACGACGCGUCAGAGGAGCAGUGUGCCCUCUUGUCUCGGCGCACUGUCUGCCACCAGUUUGUCAACGUUCGCUUAUUAUUAUUUUGUGGUUGAGCAUCGCCGCCUUGCUUACACAUUCCCCACUCCCCUCUCCUCUCUUUUUUUUUUUGCGAGACUGGCAUUUCGCAUUAUUUUCAUUUCGUGACACCCUGACUUUGUAAUUUAAAACACGGCCACUUCUAUAUUCUCUUAAGGGUCAGUGACAAGUGGACUCCUAUUUAUUUCGGUUUGUGGUUGGGGAGCCGCAUGGGUGUUUGCAGAGUGAUUGGCAACGAUUUCAGACACCGCACUGUGUGCCGCAUGGUGUUUCAUCUGCUAGAGAAGCAAUCCACCAGAACCUAAAAGUAUGGGGCAACUCGCUGGCAGAGAGGUUGCUUAGGUCUGUGCUUGGGAACAACUCUUUCCUUCAUUUAACUAGUGUCUGAACACCUGUUUAGUUGGUUGUUGGAGCAUUUUCAAAAGGUACAUUCCUGUACAUUGUUUCUUUUUUUCCUGUUCCUUUGAAAUGCAAGAAGCUUUCAAGGCAACAUAAAAAAAAGUGGAGCACCGGUGUGGUUGCCAGGAAAACCGUUUAUUUUUUCUGUGAUAUGAAACAUGCUGACACACAUACAUCAGUGUGCAACCUUUGUAGAGACAAUCCCCUUGGUGAGACCAAAAAGACCAGGGCGACUGCGUUUAAAAACUUUCCCGGACAGUGUUACGAAGAGGACAAUCACGGGAAUUAAGUGUAAAUGAUGGUUACUGGUGCCCUGGUUUUGUUUGUUUGUUGUCGCAGUUGGGUUUUCCUGCAAUGUUAACGUAUAAUAUAGCUCAGCAAGAUAUCCUGGCUGUCCAGGCUUAUUUUUCUUCGCAUGGUGGCCUUGCAGAGUUUGGGCAGUUAAUUUGAUGAGAUCCUGUUCAAGUGGGGCCCGGGAAGCUGUAGUUUUUUUUUAUAUGUGGGAACAAAAUUAUUUAUUUCUUAGGGCCUUCUAGUGGGAGAAUAUUGGCCUGUCACUUGACUCCUUGCAUUCACAACGCAUACUGCUCAUUUCUUAUGGCCUUGACGCUUGAUGCAGAGCUACUCUAAUCCUAGGGGGCGCUGCUACUGCCCACUCAUCAUUCUGAGUCAGCAAAAUAUUAGAGGUAGCGGCCUCAGUGUCGUAGGUUAAAGGUUUCAGGAGAUAAGUGAACGAACUUGUUUAGAGUUGCGAAGACAUGUAAACAGUAGACGUGAGCAACACAUCUUAGUUGCUCCCACAUCUACCAUUCCUUUUAGCGAUGGGGAUGCGGGAAAGUGUCUGUAUCUGUGUGUGUUUUGUAGCUGGCACAGAAUGCUGCCCUUGUAGGAGAGAAAAAAAAAGUGCUUAUAACCACAUAUUUUAAGCAACAACCGGUGUACUGUGGAACAACUCUCGCAAAGUAAACACAUUUUUCUCCCCCUCGGUGGAAAUGACGCGAUGUGGCAGUGCACUCUACGCACGCGCUAUCACAAAAACUUGUCUCAGCCAAAAAAAGUGACACAUCCUUACUACAAAGUGAAUGUAUACAUAAAGCUAUUUGUCUAGAGCCACUUGAGAGGCUGUUAGAUACUGACACAAGGCUGUUUCUAGAGAGUAGGAUUGUUCUUCGGACCACUUGAUGACGGUGCGCCGUGCUUGACCAACAUCGUUUGAACAAAAAGAAAUUUUUCUCCCCCGGACACAAUGUAUUCGUGGCCAUUGGCUUUUCCCAGCUUUUUGGAUCACCUUUUAAGGCUGCCUGCCCUGUGCACCAUCGCAAGCGGUUCGGAGCGGUAGCUCGUGUGUACAUGACACUUAGAGAACAACACUGUGGAAUUGCACGCACAUUUAGGUUUGUUUGUAUAUACUGUACAGUAUUUGUUUGUGGUUUUUCUUUUUCAGAAUUCUUGCGUUGCGUUUUAUGUGUAUAGAACUGUAAAAUCGCGCGGAGGUCCCUCGCUCUUGGAGGGAGGGGAGGAACUGGCGCCCCUGCCGGAGGUGGAAAGUGUCUUCAGGUGAAAAAGUGCCCUGCCACAGUGAUGGGGGAUCUAUUUUUGUGUUGACUCCGGAAUGAGCGGAAGUUCCUUUCCUUCGGUGAAGUUUAAAAGCCUGCAUUGCUGCUCCUGAUGACCUCAAGGCAACUAAAUGGUGCGCGAGCUAGGGUCAGGGUUUGGCCUAGGAACUACUGCUUGUGUACUUGUUGGUAUUGUAAAGAAAUGUUGGAAGAAAAAAAAAAAGAAGUUUAAAAUAAAAGCAUUACACGAUA